AUGUCCACGCGCGGGAUACGAAACAUUCCGGCGACGCCGAGGGUCAUUUCCCCGAGUCCGACACCGUCCGAACAAGGCGCGAGCGGUCAAGAAUCAUCAUUAUAUAAUGGCCCAACAACACGCUCAGCUGCGCGAAGGCGACUGGGAGCUACCCCGCAACCAGCGCCGGAGGAACUCGACGAAGACGAGCAAAGGGCCAGGAGCCGAAGCCGCAGCCCAAUCGACCAACGAACCUUGCGCAAGCUAACAUCCCGAAAAUCCUCAUCCACCGCCAACACCGCAAAUAGCCUCAGACCCUCAGGCGCGGAGCCAAGCAACGGCCACAUGCCCUCUUCCAAACCUGACGAUCACCUCUUCCCGCCCACCCCCGCUUCAACCGGAGGCGGCUGGUCUUGGCGCGACUUCAGCCGCAGCCCGAGCCCGCUUGGACUAAUUCCCAUUCAUCGGCACUGGCGCACCUUCGUGCACAAGCACGAGGUGCCGCGCAAGGCGCUGCACGUGUCGAUCGGCUUCUUCGUCAUCUGGCUGUACCUGUCCGGCACCCAGACCCAUGCCGUGUGCCCCUACCUCAUGGGCGCGCUGAUCCCCAUCGCGGCCGUCGACGUCCUGCGGCAUCACUGGGCGCCGUUCAACCGACUCUAUGUGAAAGUGCUGGGCGCGCUGAUGCGUGAGAGUGAGUUUGCGGGGUAUAAUGGGGUGAUUUUCUACCUGCUGGGUGCCUGGGCCGUGCUGUAUUUCUUUCCGAAGGAUGUCGGAGUCAUGGGAACGCUGUUGCUGAGCUGGUGCGAUACGGCGGCAAGCACGUUUGGGCGGUUGUAUGGACGGUAUACGCCGCGCAUUCGCCGGGGCAAAUCGCUGGCCGGGUCACUGGCGGCGUUUGUUGUCGGCGUGGGCACGUCGGUGUUCUUUUGGGGAUGGUUGGCGCCGACCAAGGGGCCGCUUCCUGGGGAUGAGAACUUCAUGUUUACUGGCGCGCUGAGCCUGCCGCGAAUGGUGGCGGAUGCGGUGGGGCUGGAGCCGGCCAAAGCGACGAUAACGGGCGGGCUGGCUCUGGGCGUGAUGGGCGUAUGGUCUGGGUUGGUGGCGGCGGCCAGCGAGGUGGUGGAUGUUUUUGGGUGGGAUGACAACCUGACGAUACCCGUUCUGAGCGGUUUGGGAAUCUGGGGAUUCCUGAAGGUCUUUGGGUAA